AAUAAUUCACUUCUCCUCUCUCAAUCAAGCACAAAACCAACAAAAAUAUUGGUACCUAAAAAAUGAUGGAGGUAACCUUAAGCAACAUUAUAACCUCCUUAGUAUAUGUCAUCAUCAUAUCAUUGAUUUGGAGAACGUUAAAUUGGCUAUGGUUCAAACCUAAAACACUAGAAAGACGUCUUAAAACACAAGGAUUUCGAAGUCACUCUUAUCGUGUUUUGUAUGGUGACACCAAAGAGAUCGCUGAGAUGGUCAAACAAACCACUUCCAAGCCCAUGGAACACUUUUCCAAUGGUUAUAUCCCUCGGAUUUUCCCUUUCGACCAUCAAACUAUCAAGAACUAUGGUGAUAAGUCAUUCAUAUAGGAUGGACCGACACCAUCGGUGAUAAUAACAAAACCGGAAGAAAUAAGAGAAAUAUUGAUGAAGAUGAAUGAUUUUCAGAAGACAAUAAAAAAUCCCUUUGUUAAAAGGAUUACUAAUGGUUUGACAAGGCUUGAAGGCCAAGAAUGGGCUCAAGACAGAAAGUUACUUAACCCUGCUUUCCAUAUGGAGAAAUUAAAGCAUAUGAUGCCAUCAUUUCAUGCGAGUAGUAACGAGAUUAUACAAGAAUGGGAGAAGAUGACAUCGGAAAUUGGAUCGAGUGAGGUAGAAUUGUGGUCAUUUCUACACAAUCUAUCGGCAGAUGCAAUUUCUCGUGCCGCAUUUGGGAGUAGCUUUGAAGAAGGAAGGAGGGUUUUUGAACUUAUUAGAGAACACAUUUCAAUUACAGUUCAAUCCAUGCAAUCUGUUUAUAUUCCUGGAUCCAGGUUUCUUCCAACUAAAACAAACAAGAGGGAGGCGAAAAUCACCAAUGAAAUGGAAUCGUUAUUGAAAGAUAUGAUUCAAAGGAGGCAAAAGGAAAUGGAGGGUGGAGAAGUAGCUAAAGACGACUUGUUGGGUUUGUUGCUAAAAUCGAACUUAGAAGGAAUACAAGAACAACAUCAUUUUAAGAUGGGCAUGAAAGAAAUAAUAGAAGAGUGCAAGAUGUUCUAUAUUGCUGGUCAAGAAACCACUUCUUCAUUGUUAGUUUGGACUCUUGUUUUGCUAAGCAAACAUCAAAAUUGGCAAGAUCAAGCUCGAGAGGAGAUUCUCACCACUUUUGGUCAUAAUACACCUCAUAUUGAUGGCUUAAACCACCUUAAAAAGGUGAACAUGAUAAUCCAUGAAGUUCUAAGACUAUAUCCACCGGCACCUUCCCUCACAAGAAAAGUUAGCCGUGAAAUGAAAGUAGGAGACGCAAUUUUACCAGCAGGUGUACACGUAAAAUUACCAUUGGUAAUUGUUCACCAAAGUGAAAAAUUUUGGGGUUCAGAUGCAAAGGAAUUUAACCCAGAUAGAUUUGUACAAGGGAUUUCGAAAGCAACUGGAGGUAAAAUAUGUUUCUUCGCAUUUGGAUGGGGGCCUCGCAUAUGUAUUGGAUCAAAUUUCGCAAUGUUGCAAGUUAAAAUGGCUUUGGCUAUGAUUUUGCAAUGUUUUUCCUUAGAGCUUUCACCGUCUUAUGUUCAUGCUCCUACUGCUGGUCGUGGUACCCUUCGUCCUCAAUUUGGUGCUAAGGUGGUAUUACAUCGUAUCUGAAAUAUAUUUCAUACUAAACUUGAGGAUAACACAGUUAAUUAGUUAUCAUAGAGAAUAAAAUAUCGUAUGUAAUAUUAAUAGAGAUAUUCAAUAAGAAGCUAGUAUAUAUAGCUUAUGUUGUAGGGUUCCAUUAGGGUACAUGUUAUUCUUGUAAUUUCCAAGUUAUUUGAAUUUGAGACCUAUAGAGGACCCGAAUAAAUAAAGAUACCAGUGGUUAAAAUUAGGCAUUGUUAAUUAAAUGUGUCAGUCAAAUUAAUGAACAUAUUCAGAAACAGAUAGAGCAAUGCGGGAAGCUCUUUUUGUCCAUUUUUCCCUAUUUGACAUUUUAGUCUGUCUCCGGGAAAUCUCUCUAUUACUGUAAAUGUUUAUGGAUACCAACAACUUUACUCUCACAUAAAAUAUAUUAUGUCCCUCUA